AUGGAUGAGUGUCUGGCAUGUAAUUCUGCUAUCAAGACGGACGAAAAACAAGUGAAGUGUGUUUAUUGUGGCAACGCCUACCAUAUGAAAUGUGCGGGUUUAUCCGAAUCUCGCUACAAUAAGAUACAAAAACUCAAUUAUUACUUCUGUUCAACACCAUGCGAAUCUUCAUAUGAGAACAACAAAAAGAUGGAUGAACUGCUAGCCACGAUGAAAGCACUGCAAACCUCGGUGGAUUGUAUAAAUAAGAAAUGUGAAGAAAAUGGCUUGAACCUCAAACGAUCAGAUGAUGCUAUGCAAAACUUAAGUGUGUCUAUUAGAGAAUUGUCGCAAAGUCAGAGUGAAAUAAAAUGUUCAGUCGAAGAAGUGAAAACAUCUCAAAUGUUUAUAUCUGCUCAAUAUGAGGACAUUAAGUCUCUACAUGAGGAAAUGAAGAAGGACUUUGCUAGUUGCUGUAAUAAAGUGGAUGCUCAUGACAAUAAAAUUACGGCUAUUGAUAAAUCAAUUAUCGAUCUAAAAAAACGAUUGCGCUUCGCGGAGCAGAGUGGUCUAAAGAACGAAAUUGUCAUCAGCGGUGUACCUAAAGAGCUCUCUCUGUGCGAGCAAACCAUAGUAACCAAGGUUGCUGCAGCUGUUGGGGUUCAACUAUUUACCACUGACAUUGAAAAAAUUCAGCGUAUUAAGAAUGGAAUGGUUCUGGUUGAAUUUUGUAGCUCCAAAGUACGUAAUGACAUUCUGCGCGCUCGUAAGGGUAAAUCCAUCUUCGUCGAUGAAAUCGACUUUGGCAACGCAGUGCUGCCGGGGAACUCCAGAUCGUCUCCUAAUAACAAGCGUUACCACUCUAAAGUGUUUAUAAACGAGAAUCUAACCAGAGAAACCAGAUUAAUCCUUAAAGAGGCAAAAUCUCUCAGAGCGACCCAUGGUUAUAAAUACGUUUGGUGCGGCAAAGGCAAUAUUUACUGCAAGCGGGAUGAUUCGUCAGAACCCCACGUCAUCGAUUCCAUUGAAGACUUAAAAAAGCUGCGCUUAUCUCCAAAGAAGGCUUGA